AUGACAACGUCAACUGCUUCUUGGAUUGAAGAAUAUUUAGAUAAUGUAACAAAGAUUAAUGAUCCAUCAUCAUAUACAGAUGAUCCUGAAAUACAUGGACGAGCAAAUUCUUUUUUAAUUUUUUUAUCGAAAUGGAUUUUACGUUUGGCAUGUAUAUCCAUUACAUUUUUAUGUCCAUGGGCAAAUUUUAAAUUGAUAGAAUUAUUUCGAACACGUCGAUUUCAAAAAGAAUCAUCGGCAAAAUGGUAUAUAACAUUCAAAGCUGCAUUCGAUAUUACAUAUAUGUUUAUAUCAGUUCCAAUUAUAUUUUGUCUUACAUUUAAUAUUGAUUUAAUUCAUCAAAAUGUUCUAACAUGUAAAUUAAUAACAUAUGCACACUAUUUAUCUGAUGAUUUAAUAUCAAUAUUACUUAUGUUAUUAUGUCUUGAUCGUAUGUUACGAAUAACAUGUGGUUAUCAUCUUCGUCAACGUUUUUCAUUAACUAUUUGUAUAAUAACAGUAAUUUUUUUUAUAUUUAUUAAUAUUCAUCAUUUAAUACGUUUACAGCAUCGAGAUGGUUUAUGUUAUAAAAAAUAUUUUGGUAUAUGGGAUUAUGAUUUUGAUGUCUAUUAUUCAUUAGUAUAUACAUCGAUAACAUGGACAAUGAUAUUUAUAUCAAUAAUAAAUUUAACAGUUAGUAUUUAUUGCGAUCGAGUAAAACGUUUACAAUUACAAAAACAAAAACAACAAAAAGAACAACAAGAAAAAAUGAGUAAAAUUUUUUUAAAUGAUAUUGAUUCAAUUGGAUUUGAUAAUGAUCAAGUUCAAUUAAUUCAUAGUGCAGAUGAUAUAGAUGCUUCAAUUGCAAUAACUAUUGAACAAAAAAAUUUUAAUGAAUCUUUCGAAAAAGAACAACAAGAUAAUGUUGAUUUACAAAUAACUGUAUGUGUUAUAAUAUUAUCAGCUAUUUUUCUUGCUUGUAAUUUACCAAAUUUUAUUAUAUUUAUUCUGAGAUUUGUUUAUCAAUCAAAUAUAUCACCAAUUGGUUAUAUAUUUGUUUAUAUAUCAAUUUUUCCAUUAUUAAUUGCUCAUACAAUACCUUAUUUUAUUUUUAAUCAUUUAGCUGCACAUCUUUUUCCUAAUAAUUCAUCAUGA